AUGGAGGAAAAGCCUUUCAGACCUUGGCCCCGGGGCAACUCCCAAAGAGCCCAAAGCGGAGCCUUGAGCCGACUCCACGGAGUCGUGGCCCUGGUAGGGCUCAGGAUCCCCGCCCCCCGGCCUGCUCUUCCUCUCCUUCCCCACUCCCCGCUGCCCUUGGCUUCCCUCGUUGUAUGUGGCCCACAGGCGUCUUUGGGCAGCGGUGGCUCAGACACGUCCAGACCAGACAACGACAUCCGGAAUCUGUGGACCAGGGCCACGCUGUCGCAGUCGAAGCUGAAUGUGCCUCUGCCCAAUGUCUGCGAGGACUCCGACCUGGAGGACAGCAGCCCACACAGCAAGACUCGCCGGUGGUGCAACGAGAAGGCCCGCCGUGACUCGGACGGUGGUUGGGAUCACGGAGAGUACAAGGACGGUUUCAAGCAGGAGGAGCUGGAGGACCACUCCUUGUUGGAGCUGCAGCUCCGUCAGGAAAGCUCCCUGGGAAGCCAUUUAGAGGAGGGGGACGUCGAUUCCAAGACCGAGAUUGAAAUGUCUUCCUCAGAGUCAUCGCUCAAUAUCUUGAAGCACACACCCCAUCGAGCCUACUGGGCAGAGCAGCAGAACAGGCUGCCACUGCCUCUGAUGGAACUCAUGGAGAAUGAAGCUCUGGAAAUCCUCACCAAAGCCCUCCGGAGCUACCGGUCAGCCAUAGGCCGGGACCACUUCCUGACCAAGCAGCUGCAGCGAUCUAUCGAAGGGCUCAAGAGGCGCCGGAGCAAGAGGCUGAACCUCUUGGCGUACUGAGAGCACCGCCUCGGGCUCGAGGGACAACCGGACUCCAGCCCCGGGCCCUUGUCCUGUCCCCAGACCCAAACCUGACCCCGUCCACGUGGAAUUUGAGUCCUAGAGAAAUAAAAGGCUCUUGUGCA